AAAAACGGUUUGCAGUUGGUUUCUGCUCACAACAAUUUUUGUGUAUAAUUUGCCGCGAAAAAAUUUGUCUUAUUUUUUUUUGUCCAUAAAAAAUGUCUCUAAUUGAACUCCUGCAAGAUCUUGUACGAAUACAUGAUAAUUGUGUGGAGAAAUUGAUUCACCAAUUUGAGAAGCUAUUCGAUCAAAGUUUUCGAUCGUUACGUAAACGUUUAAAACAAGUUAAUCAACAAGUCGAUGAUGGUGGUGAUGGAUCCAAGAACAAUCACGAACAUAGUCUUGAUGAGAUACGUUCAAGAUAUUUGUGCGAGAUUCGAAAUCAUUUCAACAAAAAAUUUAAAGAUUUUCUUCAACAAUCAGAUAUAAUAGAAAAAUUGGUGAUAAUCAGCAAUUUUAACACUAAGGUAAAAGUGAAAGAAGAUAAUGAUCGUGAGCUGUUGUCCAUCAGAAAUGAAUUACGCGAAGAAUUGCACAAACUCUAUGAAAGAAUAAGCGAAUGUCCCAACGAAAAGCAACAAUAUUUAAAACAUUUACAAGAUCAUGUUACGAAAAGUGCCAAAGAAAUUCGAAUGAUUCGUUAUCAGUUAAUAAUGAAUUUGAGGAAUGCUCUCCCGAAUAAUAAAAGAAUCUUUGAAGAAUAUGAUUACUCUGACAUGAUCAUCACUCAUUUAAAGCGAUUAAACCUAGACUAAUUUUACCAAGAAAAUAAAGUUAUCCUUUUUCAUAAUUUGA